AUGUCGCUCAAAGGCUACAGCCGGCCCACCCCGGUGGCCCGCCCAGCCGUGCUAGCCAUCAACCUGUCUCCCGUGGCCAGGCUUCGGGCCUUGUCGCGGUUGCCGAUCGCGCAGCACUCCGCGCAGGCCCCGGCGGGGAUCCGCCAGCGCAUGGCCGCACCUUCCCUGGCUGCUGCCCAAGAUGUCGCCGUGCUGCCAGUCGACGGCGAUGAUUCGCAGGAAUGUAUGUUACCAGUCGAGAUCGCCGUCGUGACCUCCACACGUCAGAGCUCUUUUGGUCCUCCAUGGAACGAAGUGAUGGCACACAUCUGCCAAAGGCUCAGAUGGGCAAACCCUCAGUUUUGCACGACUGUCCUGCUCGAGUCAGACGUACAGGCUGAGCUGCCCCCAGGGGCCUCCCGCAGCGCUCUGUUGCUCCCAAUCGAUGUCCAUGACCCAAACACUACACAGGCCCUCCUUACGGCAAAGGAACCCCAAGUGCUGGUGCCGUUCGAGUCAUGCCCACAGCUCCAGGAUGCUACUCGCUUGGGCCCCUACCAACCCCUACAGCCCAGCAAGCGGCAGAGGCUUGCUGCCCUGAUCCCAGGCACCAAGUGCAGGAAAGGGAAGCGAAUAUAUGGUACGGUGUCAGGGUUGUGGGAAAGGAAGACAUCUGACGAUCUGGUGUACAUGGUGCUCCUGCUCAUUGACCAGUAUGUGCAGAACGUUCCUGAGGUGGCAAAGCUGGACUUCACGUUUUCGUCACUGCGAUGCAUGGUGAGGAACUGCAGGAAGCCUGUGCUGGACUGCCUGAGGGACCCCACAUGCCGCAAGGCCUUGGGGGCGCUGAACAGAUGUGGAACCAAUGACCAGGUGUGCAGCUACCGUGUCAUUGUUUCUUACGAGUCCCCCCUCCUGGAGCAGUUCUCCCUGUGCAUCCUGCAGAAGCACAACUGCCUUGGAUGCACAGCCCAAAUGCCGGCACUGCCAAAUCCCAUACCCCAGCAGUCGUUCCGUGGAGAGGCCAUGACUCAUGAAUUGGCCGAAGACAUCUUCAUUGGCUGGCUGGGAAAGGAGCAGUGGAGCUGGAGGGUCAUCGCUGGAAAGAGCGCAGCGUACGACAAUUUCCCAUGCCAAUACCAGCUGUAUUACCGUGGAAAGGCGAGAAAUUCCAUGUGGUACGACCCGAUAUUCAAGGUCUCCACGCUGGAUGGAAGGCAGGUGUGGAGACGCAGGCACUACCGCGUGAAGAGGGGCGCGCAGCCAGGGACCUUCUUCUUCUCCGUGCUGGAUAACGGGGUCACUUCCAAUGAGUUUUGGAGGAUUGUGCACGUUGAAGAGGACCUGUCCUGGGGCCUGUUUUUCUACUCAGGGGCGGCAGCUGCCGCAGGGAUGUCCUAUUCAGGAGCUGUGCUGGUUUCAUCUCAUGGCCAGUGGCCGCCUGAAGAGCAGAAGCCACGCCUGCACGCCGCCCUUGACAAGGCCGGAAUAAAGGAGUGGGAGCUGUUCAAAGUUGACAACUCUUGCGAGCUUUGCCAGAAUGCUCCAAUUGACAUACCGCAACAAUUCAUCAACUCAGAGCCCGAUGCCCCCCUUGUCUCGGCCGCAUAA